GAAGGGGUACGGAGUGACGAAGGGGACAAAGCGAAGACGACGACGACGACGAGGAGGACGGCGACGAUGAUGAGGGGGACUGGGAGAUGGCAAAAGAGAGAUGGAGAUGUUGAUGGCGACGACAAGAGCGACGAGGUGGGCCAUGGGCCACUCGCAAAGCGCAGUCGGGAAUAAUCAGGGUUCUCUAAUCCCCUCUGCGCUCUCUUUCUCUCUCGUCUCAUCUCAUCUCAUCCUCCUCAGCUCCUCUCUUUCUCAUCUGCAUGCGUAUCCGUUCUCCAUUCUCGGCUCUCCAUCUCUCCGCCCGAUCAACCUCGCAUGCGUCGAUCUAUUCACUUGCCGGCCGCGCCCCGCCGCGAGCUGGCCAGGCGCGAGGCAAUCCACGAGUGCCAGGGUCCGCCCCGCCUCCGCCCCGCCUCCGCCUCCGCCUCCGCCGCCGAUUGUCCCAGGCAGGCCUCGCCGUAAGCGAGCCGCGUGCUCUCACUGCAGAGCUGCUAUUCUACCUACCUGCUGCGCGCCGCGGCCACUUCCAGUUCUGGGACGCAGCUCGGAAGCAUCACAUGUGCAGACAUGCAGAUCCAUCGCAGAUCCAUCGCAUCGUGUAUAUCUAUCAACACAAGAUUUCUCUUCAUGCCCUCCACAAAUGUAUUCCGGCCGUCCCCUCUAACACCUCAGCAGCGCCAAGUUUGGCACUGCACUAGAACCGGCACUAGCGGUGUUUGCUUGCAUGCUUGCAUAUCUGCUUGACGGCGACCACGGGCGACACGGGUACGCACACUCAGCCGUUCAUGCUUUUGCCGCGCCCGUCAUCCCGAGCAGCAAUA